AAUAAUGUCUAUGAACCCAUAAAAUUGAAAUUGUAUCCACGAAAACCCACUAAAGUCAUUCUCUUCACCAUGGCCACUUUUCUCUCUUUCUUUCUUCUCUCUGCUGUAGCACUAUCCCUCGUUCUUGUUUCGGCCACAGCAGAAUCCCUCGAACGUGAUUUCUUGAGUCAUAAAAAAGAGAAGCUAACUCAUUUUACAGUGUAUUGGCACGACAUCUUGGACGGCAAAGAUCCAACUUCGGUCUCAAUAAUGAAUCCUCCGAAAACCUACACAGGAGCAACAGGUUUUGGCCUCACUCGGAUGAUUGAUAAUCCUUUAACGAUGGCCCCGGAAUUAAGCUCCAAAAUGGUUGGAAGGGCACAAGGGUUUUAUGCAGCCGCAUCUAAAGAAGAGGUGGGAUUGUUGAUGGCUAUGAAUUUCGCUAUUUUGGAAGGGAAGUACAAUGGAAGCACAAUCACAGUGUUUGGAAGAAACUCGGUGUUUGAUAAAGUGAGGGAGAUGCCGGUGAUCGGAGGGAGUGGACUUUUCCGAUUUGCUAGAGGUUAUGUUCAGGCAAGGACACAUGUCUUUGAUAUCAAGACAGGGAACGCCGUCGUCGAGUAUAAUUGUUAUGUUUUGCAUUAUUGAUUCUUAAUUUUUAGUCUAUAUUGUGUGUUUAUUGUAUGGUUUUUCCCCUUCACAUUGUUGUGGUGGGACAGUUAUUAGGUCACUUCAAGUGAUAUAUGAUUGUAGGUUCUUGUUUUUUUUUCUGCCAACAACUCUUUAUAAAUAA